AUGCGUUCCUUCGUCUUGUCCUCUGCUCUGGCAGCAAGCCUCGCGCAGGCCUACACUGUGACCAAUGUCGACAUGUUCAUGCUGAAGAACAUUGACCCUCUGGUUGUUCCUGGCGAAUAUACCAGCCACAUGCACAGUUUCUUCGGCUCGGACGCCGUCACAGCCCAUACCAACACCUCUGCCGAGCUGCAGAAGGGCUGCUCGACAGCCCGGAACCCCAAUGACUUCUCGGCCUAUUGGGUCCCUACCCUCUACCACGUCAACGGGUCCAACUACACCGCGCUCAGGCCUUUCCGAUUCAGCGCCUACUACAAAGAGCUCGACAGCGCCGAGAUCCCUCUCCCGCAGAACCUGAAGCUUCUCGCCGGCAACGCCACCGCGACAUCCCAGGAGGGUGUGCCCAGCGAUGCGGGUAUCCAAUGGUUCUGCGACGGCGAGAGCACAGACGAAGACAAAGACGACGCGGCCUUCCCAACCAAGACCUGCAAGGACCAUCUGCAAGGGCUCCUCUUGUUCCCGGACUGCGCCAACCCCGAGACGCUCGAGUACGCCUACUCAGCCAACCCGAACUGGGUGGACAACUACGGAGAGAACCGCUGCCCGAUCGGCAUGUCUCGCAUUCCCCGUGUCCGCUUUUCUAUCCGCUACGACCUGCGCGAGAUCCUCCCCGAAGGCUGGUCCGGCACUCCUCCGCUUGAAUUCGCCUGCGGUUCGCCUUACUGCACUCACGGCGACUUCAUCAACGGAUGGCUCCCUGAGGCUGCCGAGAACAUGGUGAAGGAUGCGUCUUCCAACGAUCGCGACUAUUUCCGCCUCUCCGGCCCCAACGGAGCGGGCGACGAGGGUUCUCUGUGCGACGCGCAGGACGCCAAGGACAGCGACCCGUCCCACGGCACCAGCGACUACUGGGAGAGUGUCAAGAUGAUGACCAAGAGCAAGAGAUCGUCCGGUGUGACUGGAGCUAUGAAACGGCACUUGGCUCGGCACCGGGCCCACGAAUUUUAG